CGGGUAGAUGAUGUUAUGUACUCGGACAUUGGCAUCAACACCCUCUUGAACAGGCUGAAGCAGAGCAUUGCCUCGGCGCGCGACUUUGCCCAGUUCCUGAAGAAGCGAUCAUCGUUGGAAGAAGAGCAGGCGAAGGGCCUCAAGCGUCUCGCACAAAGCCAGUUGGACAAUGUCAAGAGAGGCGAGACGCGACAGGGCACUUAUGGCGCCCAGCUGACCGAGGUCCUGAGGGUGCAUGAGCGCAUGGCUGAUAAUGGCAUGCAAUUCGCGCUCAGUCUGCACCAGAUGCACGAGGAUCUGGACGUGCUGAGCACCAACAUGGAGCGCGGGAGGAAGCAGUGGAAGCAUGAAGGUCUCGCGGCCGAGAAGAAUGCCUCGGAUGCGGAACAGGCAAUGCAGAAGGCCAAAGCCAAGUACGACAGCCUUGCUGAAGACUACGAUCGUGCGAGGACCGGCGAAUCGAAAGGGAGCAGACGAAUUGGUCUGAAGGGACCGAAGAGCGCGGAGCAGCAUGAGACAGAUCUCCUAAGACGAGUCCAGGUUGCCGAUGACGACUACGAGCAAAAGGUCAGUGCAGCGAAGAGAGAAAGAUUGAGCCUUCUCAAGGAGGCCAGACCAAAGGCUGUGAAAGCGCUUCAAGACCUCAUCAAGGAGUGCGAUAGUGCUCUCACCUUGCAGCUGCAGAAGUUCGCCACAUUCAACGAGAAGCUGUUGUUGGGCAAUGGUCUUGCGAUUAGCCCAUUGCAAGAUGGCUCGACCACUCAACGAAGCCUGCGAGAUUUGGUGCUGGACAUCAAUAACGAGAAGGACUUCCAGAGCUACAUUGCCAGCUUCUCGCAUAGCGUCAAGCAAAGGCCGCAAGACGUGAGCGAUAUUAAAUAUGAGAAGCAUCCACCGGUAUCACAACCCGUGUCGCCGCAGCCUCCACUCGCGGUCAACGUGGCUUCUUCUCAACCGGGUUCCAUGAACAACAGAUAUGGAUCUCCCUCCCAAGCAAGUCCAUACCAACCGCCUUCAGCAAGCUAUGGAGGUCCCCCAUCUCAUGACCGCGAUCUUCAAACACCGUCAUAUGCCACCACACAAUCUCCGUACAACCCUCAGACAGCACCUCUCCGCGAUACAUACGCCUCACCACCGUAUCCCACUCACCCUUCAGAACGCAUCGGCAGCUUCGGCACGGGUGCACAGCAUCAGCAGACGACAGGCUCCAUUCCAGGUCCUAUCCCAGCAUCUGAUGCUCGAAUGAACCCAACGCCACCAGCAACAGGAAAAGGACGCGUCUUUGGCAUGUCUCUUGAUGAUCUCUUCGCCCGCGAUCAGUCUGCGGUGCCGAUUAUCGUCUUCCAGUGCAUCCAAGCUGUAGACCUCUUCGGCCUGGAGAUCGAGGGCAUAUACCGCCAAACAGGUAACAUGGCUCAAGUCAACAGACUUCGUGAUGCCUUUGAUACUCUGCCUCUUGCAGCACCACAGCUGGAUUUCCGAAAUCCUGCCAACUUUGGCCACGACGUGAACGCCGUCACAUCUCUCCUGAAAAGCUUCUUCCGAGAACUGCCAGACCCUCUUUUCACAAGAGCCAACUACGGCUCUUUCAUCGAAGCAGCCCAGACAGACGAUGAUAACGUGCGACGAGAUGGUCUUCACCAAGCCAUCAAUGACCUCCCAGACGCCAACUAUGCCACGCUCAGAGCGUUGGUCCUCCACUUGGCAAGAGUGAUGCAGAAUGAGAGCAAGACAAGGAUGACGGCUGCAAAUUUGGCUGUCUGCUUGGCGCCGACUCUCAUGGGCGCACAUCAAGGCCCUCACAUUGCGGACGCAAGCUGGCAGCAAAGGGCUGUUGAGACCAUUUUGACCAACGCCACGGCCAUCUUUGACGAAGAUUAA